AUGAUCGAACCGUCAUCAUCAUCAUCCCAAGUGAAAAUGAAAUCACCCGAAGCGAUAUUCACGACACUUCGAUAUACCUCAUCCUCAUCGUCUGCGAACCUACCGGUGAAAAAAGAAUCACUUCCCUUGUUGGACCUGCAUUUCGAAAGGUUACGAGAGGCCUUUGAUCAUUUCUCAGAGAGGGAUGGGAAGGACAGAUGGGGUGAUUGGCCGAGCGAAGAACGUAUAUGGGAGGAAUUGAAGGAAGUACUUGAGCAGAGUCGGCCAGGUGAUUAUAGGGUCAGGAUUGUCAUACAUCCCGGCAGUGAAAUAGAAGUACAUUGUGUACCCGCACCUAAAGAUGCUGGUCCAUUCACCCUUCUUCCAUCUCUCACUCGUCAAAAUAACAGAAGGCCAGUAAUCCUUGAUCCUCAAGACACCUCCAUUAAUUCUGACCCAACCGAGGAGACCGAUUUGAGAUUGUACAAAACGGUGAAUAGAGAGAUAUACGAUGAAGCGUAUGAAAGGGGACAAACAAAUACGACUGACACUUCCCAUAAUGAAGUACUACUUCAUACUUCAACUGAAAUACUCGAAACGACCACUUCUAACACUGCUAUCCUCCUUCCCAACUCGCAUUCGCCUAAAUGGAUUACACCUGUGUUAUCCAAAGACACGCCAUUCCUUAACGGAGUGAUGAGGAGGUAUCUCCUCUUUCAGGGGGUGAUAGAAGAGGGUCAAGUGACUAUCGAUAUGCUCAAUGAGGUGAGGGAAGCGGGAAAGGGAGGUAGGAUAAUUGGAUUCAAUGGUUUGAGGGGUGUAUGGGAAGGUGAAUUGAUGUAA